AUGCUAUCUUACGAACAACCACUUAAUGGCGCUGAACCUCAUAUGAUCCGCCCCGAAGUUUCUCCGCCGCACCAUCAAGACAAGUUCUAUUCAAUCGAUCCCUCCGACGAGUUUCACCGCCUCGUCCGAGCCCUUUCAGACGUCCUGGGUCCAUCUUCCGGAAUCGACUCGGCCGACGUGGACGAGAAUGAUCUGAUCCGUCUCAUGGAAGAAUACAUCUCGGACGAGAACCAGUGGCAUCAAUACGCAUUUGCCGAUCCAAGCCGCAACUAUACCCGCAAUCUUGUGGACGAAGGAAACGGCAAGUCCAACUUGUUGGUAGUUGUAUGGAACCCUGGAAGGUGCAGUCCAAUCCACGACCACGCCAACGCUCACUGCGUCAUGAAGAUCCUCAAAGGAAAUCUCCGGGAGACUUUGUAUAGCAUGCCGCCUUGUUCCAGCGAGCAGACCGGCUCUUCUGGAAGCCUUACACCGCCUCAAAUCGUCAAAGAGACAACCUACUUCGAGAACCAAGUCACCUACAUCUCCGACAAGAUCGGCCUUCACAAAAUCUCCAAUCCGUCUCCCGACGAAGCGGCUGUUUCCCUACAUCUCUACACUCCACCCCAUGCGGCCAAUUUUGGCUUCAAUCUUUUCUGCGAGAAGACAGGGAAACAGACCCACAUCAAGCAGGCAGGCUUCUACUCGGACCGUGGAAAACUUGUGGAGAAGUGCAACUAUGGGUCGUUUUGA